AUGACAAGAAAGAACUCUCUAGGACUCGUCAAGGUACGCAAGGCAAACCGGGCCGCAAAGCAUUCAGUGAAACGAUCAGAGGCGAAGGCAGUGCGAUUCUCCAAAACUCCCGAGGUUGCAUUUCGCCAUGUGACUCAAGAUGAACUGCAGAAGACUUGGUACAAGCCACAGGAAUACGACGCAUUCAAGGAAGACUGCAAGCGCACAGCAGCUUACUACCGCAACGCACAAGGCGACAUUACUCGGCUCGACCCCGUCAAGGUCUGUUUGCGUGGCCUCGAGCAAAACCUCACCAGGAUCAGCAUCAUGUCACGACGCAUCACCAUUACCUCCAGCGUCAACAUGGUCCUCCACGAACAAGGGAUGGAGCCAAGGUAG